UCAACAUCGGUGGGGCUGACGACAGAGCUAGAGAUGAGAAAACACUGGGCCUACUUUCUUCUGGCCCUCGUCCUGAUACAGACAGGCAUAGCCGGCAGUGUGAUCUCUGUGUCUCACACACGGGACAGAGAACAUCUGUCUAUUACCUGUCGUCUCCUGUCAGAGAACGACACUGUUUCUCAGAUCAACUGGGAGAUGAUCAGCAGUCCCAACCACACCACUACCAAACUCAAACUGGGCACCUUCCAUCCCGUGUUCGGUACCUACGUGGUCCCAGAGUACAACGACACUGUGAAAAUCCAAAGUAGUGCCUCCAGUCGUAGUUCCAAACUCGACCUGAAGGAAGGCGCUGUGGAGGAGGUCAGCCAACUCUGCUGUGUAUUCAUCACGUUUCCAUCUGGGGUGCUGGAGCACUGUACACAUACCCGGAUCAAUGAAAGCACGGCAGAGGCCCAGGAGUCAGAGGAUGCACCGCGGCUGCUAGGGGAAAGAACUUUGGAACAGUGGGCCCUGUUGGUAGGAGGCUCUACCAUCUGCAUACUGAGCAUUGUGACCUCACUGUACUACUGCUGGAAGUACUGCUGCAGACACUGCUGUCACAGGAGGCGAAUGUUUGAGGUAGAGGCGUAUCUGACAGAUCAACACACAGAAUCAGAAGGGGUCACAGAGGAUCCCCCCAAGCAACCCCCCCUUCCCCCACCACCCCAGCCUCAGCCCCAGGGUUUUGACCCCUCCAAGCUCUAUGCUAAGAUCAAGCUGGACCUGCUGUAUGGACGGCUCUGGAAAGCCUACCAGGGGACGGCCACGACCUGGGGCCCCACAACACAGCACGGGCCACAACAAGGGCCACAGCAAGUGGCAGAGCCAGGGCCACAAAAGAGGGAAGAACCAGAAGAAUCCGUUCUCCAACUAGAACCAGAACUAGAAUUAGAACCAGAACAUCAACCAGCUCUGGAAGGAAGAGAGGAACCAGUGACUGAGCCUGAAACGGAGUCUGAGCUAAUACCUCCACCAACCCUGGAUCCUGGGACACAGAUGGAGGAAAUGGAGUCGGACACUGGUUUAUGAGGGGAGUGUGUGUGCGUGUGUGUGCGUGUGUGUGUGUUGGGAUGAAUAAUGUAUUGUUGACAUUGGUUGAAUAACCCUGAAUCUAUCUGUCAAUCAAUACGAUCAAUCUUUAUUUUCCCAGAGGGACAUUUAGUGUGAGAAUAUUAAACUCAUCUGAACUUUUAAACAGAGUUAAGGGUUUAAUGACCUUUGGCUUUUUAAAGAGACCUGUUAUUACAAGGAGUGAGACCGUGUAUGUUUGUGGCUUUCUGCUAAUAUAGCUGAGGUAUACUGAUUCAUGACCAAUAUACAGUAUAUAAAAUAUUUUUAUGUUGUACUUAACAGUUUUGCUUAUUUUGCAACAAGAUAUCUCAUUGUUCUACUGUAGGCUUAUUACUGAAACCCAUUGAAUGUCAUUUUGCUUUAUACUUAAAUAUACUUUGUAUACUUUUAUUUCAAUAAAAAAUCAGACCAUCAAAA